GGAAUCUUGUGCUCCAGCGGCCUGCAGAAAACGCUCGGGUCAGGCAGGAAACGAUGUCGAAAUCUAUUGUCAGAAAACGCCGCAUUAAAAGAAAAACUUAUUGGUGUGCUCCUAGAAAAGUGAAAAGCAUAAGUAUCAUAGAAAACGUCGAUAAGGAUCCACCGGUAGAAAAUAAAAAAUCAAAAAAAAAACGUUGUAAAAAGAAGCAAAGGAAUAUAAAGAAACUGAGGCGCAUCGAUAUCUUGGCUCUGCCGAAAACUAUAAAAACCAAAUUGGAAAACAAAAGUCGCUUUCUGAGUGUGAACGACUCUGCGCGAAAGGUUUCGAGACCUCCCGUGAUAGAGAAUCAAAAGAGUUACAUAUACUCGCGUAAAAGAGCAAGGAUGAAAAAAGUUAAAACGAAUAUGAACGUGCCAAAAAAUUGUAAAAUGAAUUUGGGACCAAGAAAAAGACAUUCGCAGAUCGUGUUACCUAAAAAAAUGGGCAUCCGGCUAUUUUCAUUGGUAAAAAAGAGGUUGAAGGAAAUAACGAAUGAUUUUAAGACUGUGUAAGAAAGGAUGUCCAAGAU